GUACUUAUCACAUAAAUAAUUAAGGCCCCACCUCUCACAUUUUCCCUGUCGCUCUUCUUUUUCUAUCUCUCCCCACUUUUUGUUCUUCUGUCAUCGCCGAUAGUAACAGAGUCUUUCGUAAGACUCUCAAAUUCUUUGAUCUUCAGACGUCUUGGUUUAUGAGGUAAAUCCAAUUUCCUUGCUUUCAUGUCUCUAAUUCCCGUUUUGAUCGAUUGAUUUUUUCCUGUGAGGCCGCGUUUCCAGUUGUGUUCAGAUCUACUUUUCCUGUUUCACCUCUUGAAAUUCUUGUAGAGGACGAAUCGUUUUUUUUUAUCCGUUGAUUGUUCUAUUCAAUAACUAUAGAUUGUGAUCAACGUUGAAGACGAUGAAUCUAGUUUGAUUUGUUGAACCGUUUCUAUCAAUUUUUCGUGGUUUCUUCCGAUAAAAUGUUGGAGAUAUUUUUUUUAAAAUUGUUUCCUUUUAAUGCGGUUACUGUUUUUUUUUUUUUUUUUUAAAGAAAAAGUUGUAUUUCCAGCUAUAGAUUUAGCUGAUACUCCCUCUCUCCAAUAUGAUUGUCCUGUUUGGAUUUUUUUUUUCUGUGACUACCGGAGGAGUGUAGCAUUCCCGUGUUAAUUUUCUUUGGAGAUUUCCGUUGUUAUUUGUUUUGAGGGAUAAAGAACUGACUAGCUUGUGUUUCGUUCACUGCAGCUCGAAGGAGAGACCCUCUCUCGGGUACUAUACUUAUGACUCGGGUGGCAUCGGCACCAUGCUUCCAGAGCAAGGGUUUCCCUUUCGAUCCACAUAGAUUCCCUGUUCAAGAGUUACAAGUGCCCAAUGAUGGGCAUACUCAUGAGGGAAGGGACAUUCUGGAACCAGAUCAUCAGUCAUUAAACGCUGAUCUUGUUGAUACUACAAAAGAAAAUAAAGGGAAACAUGUUUUUCCACCUGAAAUGGGCACAUGGUCAGCCUUUCAUCCUGACCCGGGUAACUUGAAGCUCUGCCACCUUCGUGCUUCUGAUGGUCAAUUCUAUCCUUUCUUUGUGGAUAACCAUAUCCGCUAUACCCCAAUAAAUAUGAUUCCGCUUAGUUAUCCAUUCAAAUCCCAGCUCCAAGAGUUUCAGUAUUUUGUCGUUAUUGAUUUUGAGGCCACCUGUGACAAGGAUAAGAAUCCUCACCCACAGGAGAUAAUUGAGUUUCCAUCGGUUAUAGUAAAUAGCAUGACGGGCCAUUUGGAAGCUUGUUAUCAAACCUACGUCCGGCCGACAUGCAACCAGAAGCUCAGUGAUUUCUGUAUGGACCUCACUGGCAUUCAGCAAAGUCAGGUAGAUAAAGGUGUUCCUUUGGGUGAUGCUCUUCUGAGUCAUGACAAGUGGUUGGAGGAAAAGGGGAUCAAGAAUACUAACUUUGCUGUUGUGACAUGGUCCAACUGGGACUGUGAGGUGAUGUUGGAAUCAGAAUGCAGAUACAAGAAAAUAAAAAAACCUCCUUAUUUUAACAGGUGGAUUAACUUAAAAGUUCCGUUCCGUGAAGUUUUUGGUGGUGUGAGAUGCAAUCUUAAAGAGGCAGUUCAGUUGGCUGGCCUAGAAUGGCAGGGCCGUGCUCACUGUGGCCUUGAUGACGCCAAGAACACCGCCCGUCUUCUUUCUGUACUUAUGCAUAAAGGAUAUAAGUUCUCAAUUACUGACUCGUUAAUGUGCCCGCCUACCAAUGAGACUUUCUCAUGGAAGUUACCCCAGGAUUACCAUUCGAUUCCCUCGUAUCACCCCCAGAGGAUUAGAGCACCACCUGUUUCAAUACUUCAGCUUCACCCUCAUUGCUUUUGCGGUGUUAGAAGCCGAGAAGGGAUGUUUCGAAGGCCUGGUCUGAGACACGGGAGCCCCUUCUUUGGUUGUGGCAAUUGGACCAUGAGAGGCCCUCGGUGUCAUUACUUUGAAUGGGCUUCAAAAUAACUAGCAAAUUCAAGUGUGCUCACCUUCAUUUUUCAAUGAUGGCUUCACAAGCAUAAUUUGAUCUUAUGUAUAAAGAGUGAAUGUAGUUGCUUGCGAAAUGAAGCAAUUUGUUUGCUUGGAUUCUGAUUAUUUAGCGUCUGUGGAUAGUUGGCCCGUCCCUCCAAGAGUCUAGUUGUUUAGGGGAUAAGAGACAAUGUGUUAACUUGGCAUUAUGCAGAAUGGCUGCUUUACAUGCUGUUAGACAUUUCUAAUUGUUUUCAAUAAUGUGUGGAUUGUGGUCUACCUAACUUCAUUUGAUUUGCUUUGUGCCAAGUCUACUGGCCGCUGCUGAAAUUUGGGUUCUUCGUCUCUUUGUUAGAUUUCAUUAGUCGAACUCAAGGUUGUGAACUUAUUUAUUUUUUCUUUAAUCCAAAAGUGGAAGUCAUAUUUGUCUAAUGAAAAUAGCUUAUAGCAAUGUGAUAUAAAUCUCUAGUCAGAUUUUAUUAGUG